CAUAAGAUUUAAUCAGUGCAAAUAGAGGUGAGCCGAAGAGAAAGAGUUCAUGCUCGCUCUUAUGUUUGUAGUUAUUACCUGGUCUCCUAUAGGCUCUGCAACAACUGUAGCAGCUACUUCAGCAGCUGCUGCUAGUACAACAGCUGCCGCUAGUACAACAGUUGCUUCAAGCACAACAGCUACAGCAGUAGGUCCUGGUACAACUGCCUCUAAUGACAAGUACUGUACAUUGAACAGUCAGCAUACAAUGUGCUUAUACAAGGGUCCUUCAGCAGACUGCACUAGUAAGACAAUUUUCCGAACUUUGUCUGAAAAUGCUAAAACUUUAAUUCUCAACAAGCACAACGAGCUGAGGAGCAAGGUUGCAACAGGACAAGAGGCAAAUCAACCUUCAGCUUCAAACAUGAACAAGCUUGUGUGGAAUGCCGAGUUAGAGUCUAUAUCCCAGAGACUAGCUGACCAGUGUAUAUUUGCUCAUGAUUCUGUCAGGAAUAAACUGGAUGGAACUUCAGUCGGACAAAACCUUUAUAUUUCCUCCAGCUCUGCACAAGGAUCUGAAGCAUCUGUUCAGGGAGGUUCCGCUGGCAGUGUCCAGGCCUGGUAUGAUGAGGUGACAAACCCUGGCUUUAGCAGCAGUAAUAUCAGCCCAUUUGUGUUUUCAUCUGGAGCUGGGCAUUAUACACAGCUUGUCUGGGCGGAAUCUACGGAAAUAGGAUGCGGUUCCGUUUAUUACAAGGAUGGAGUAUGGUACAGGAAUCUGAUAGUUUGUAACUAUGCCGUUGCUGGAAAUCUUAUUGGUGGAUCCAUGUACAAACAAGGAGCUGUAUGUAGUGCUUGCCCUGCUGGAACUUCUUGUACACCUUCUGAGGGUUUAUGUACAAAGUAAUAUAUACGCUGCAGUACAGUACUGUACAGCAAACAUGUUUUGAAACCAUGGCAAACAAAGAUAUGGAUUAAAAUGACUUGUCAGAUAUUUAUGUAUUAUAUUAUAACAGAAUAAAAGUUUAAUUUUAA